GGGAGGCUUUGGAUUCCUAUGGCAGCACUCGAUUUGUAUGACAGGCAAUGCUGGUAAGGUGUCAUUUCCUUUGUGAACUCUAAGAGCAACAGAGAACAACAACCCACAUAACAACCAGCCUCUACAGCAAAGAGGAGACGUCGCAGAAGCUGCGCAUUCACUUAAACAGCAGAACGUUUUAGAAAGCAAAAUGCACUCUGAAACCCAUGAACAAAUAGAACUGGUUCUUGUGGUGUACAUCAUCACAUUCAUCUUUGGGCUGCCAGCCAACAUUGUUGCCCUCUAUGCCUUCAUCAAGAAGGUGCGGCGAAGGGCAACUCCUGUGGACGUGCUGCUGAUCGGCCUCACUGUGUCCGACCUGGUCUUCCUGCUCUUCCUCCCCUUAAGGAUGAAGGAGGCCAUCGACCACGACGUGUGGAAAAUGCCCGACUUUCUGUGCCCAUUAUUAGCGAUCGUCUUCUAUGGCACCAUCUACAACAGCAGUCUGUACCUCACUGCCAUAAGUGUUGAGCGCUACCUUGGAGUUGCCUUUCCCAUCAAGUACAAACUAAACAGAAAGCCUCUGUAUGCAGUGGUGGGCAGCGUCAUUAUUUGGACCAUCUCCUUGGCACAGUGUAGCAUUGUCUACUUUAUGCACUACCACCAUGACCAAAACAAGACCUGCGAAGUAGAGCACAGCUCAAAAUGCUACCAACACUUCACACCAGAGCAGCUAGACAUGCUACUGCCAUUUCGCCUGCAGCAGUUUCUCCUCCUGUUCUGCGUGCCGCUGCUCAUCUGCUGCUUCUGCUACAUCAACUUCAUCCACAUCCUUUCCAAUCUGCCUAACAUCUGCCAACGGCGACGUUCCAGAGCCAUCGGGCUCGCCCUCGGCACCAUGGUGGUCUUCCUUGUGUGCUUUGGCCCCUAUAACAUCUCCCACCUUAUUGGCUACGUCACCAAUGAGAGUCCGGAAUGGCGCAAGAUCGCCGUGCUCACCAGCACCUUAAACACCUGCCUGGACCCCUUCAUCUACUACUUCUCCUCCUCAGCACUGAGGGGCACGUUCGGCAACAUCCUCAACAGGCUCACUUCCAGGCUGCAGCUGCACUGCCCCUCCUGCAGGGUGUACCAGCGUACCACUCCCCAAACUGCAGCACCAGAGGUGCGCACACAAAGCACCAAUGAUAACCUGGGCUAGACAUGCCAGGAUUACUG